UUAACUUAAUGCAUUAACUAUUUCUCGAAUAACAGCCGUGUAAUUUGAUCCCUGGAGGCUGAUAGUUAAGCCUUCUGCAGCCUGGCUUUCAUAACUACGUGCCAGCUUCAGCCCGUCUUCAGUCGCUCUCCGAGCUGUAGGAUCUGGUUUCUGACAGUCAGGAGGAUGCACACUCACUGAGCCGGCACUGAAGCAGCAUAUAUAAACCUUUGACCGCACAGGCUUUGUAAAAGAUCGCGGUGGUUUGAUUUCCCACCUCCACACCAGACACCAUGACGUCCUCUAUGCUCCGCCGGCAGCUGAAGAACCUGGUCCAGAACUACUCUGAGGCUGAGGUCAAGGUGAGAGAGGCCACAUCUAAUGACCCAUGGGGCCCAUCCAGUACUCAGAUGGCUGACCUCUCCGACCUGACCUACAAUGUUGUGGCCUGCAAUGAGAUCAUGACGAUGCUCUGGAAGCGACUGAAAGAUGACAAGAACUGGAGACACAUCCACAAGUCCCUGACACUGCUGGAGUACCUGCUGAAGACCGGUGACGAUCGUGUGCUUCUGAAAAUGAAAGACAGCAUCUACAUCGUCAAAGCUCUCACAGAGUAUCGCUUUGUGGAAAAGGAUGGCAAGGAUCAGGGUGGAAAUGUGAGAGAGAAGGCCAAAGUUGUCCUUAUUCUUAUGGAGGACGAUGAUAAACUAAAGGAGGAGAGAGACUUUGCUCUCAAGACCAGAGAGAAGACGUCAAAAAGUGCUGCUGCCUCAUCUACGGACGCCGUCAAGGAUCCCAACUACAAGCCAUGCUACGUUGACGGGGCCGCAGGGCUUCCAUCCUUGGACAACAUACCGUCAGUGGCCGACUUGACUGCUUCGUUCGCUGCCCGCAAAGAGGAGCGUCUAAAACAGGAGGCCGAGAAGAAAGAAAUGGAGAGGAGGGCCAAGAUGAGUGAAGACGAGCUGAAAUGGGAGGAUGCCGGCAAAGGCAUUGAUGGUAAAGGAGGUGCUUGGGGAGGGGAGAAAGCAGCAGAGGAGGAGCAGGAGGAGAAGGGGAAACCAGAUGCAUGGGUAGACCCCAAAGAACCUAAAGAAGCCACAGAUCUAUGGGGGGCUCCAGCUAAAACCAAUGAGGAUCCAUUUUCAGCGCCAAAAACUGACGCCGAUUCAUUUUCUGCGCCGAAGAAUGGAGAAGAUCCUUUUGCAGCACCAAAAGAUGACCCGUUCAACGCACCAAAAGACAAGGAAGAUCCAUUUACUGCUCCGAAAGAGAAACCAGAUCCUUUCACUUCGUCUAACAAUGAUCCAUUCAACGCCCCAAAAGAUGAUCCAUUCAACUCCCCAAAAGAUGAUCCAUUCAACUCCCCAAAAGAUGAUCCAUUCAACUCCCCAAAAGAUGAUCCAUUCAACUCCCCAAAAGAUGAUCCAUUCAACUCCCUAAAAGAUGAUCCAUUCACCGCUCCAAAAGAUGAUCCAUUCAACUCCCUAAAAGAUGAUCCAUUUAAUGCUCCAAAAGAUGAUCCAUUUAAUGCUCCAAUAGAUGAUCCUUUUAAUGCCUUAAAAGAUGACCCAUUCAGUACCCCAAUAGAUGAUCCCUUUACUGCACCAGCAUCAACACCCCCUAAAGAAGACCCAUUUGCAGCACCAGUAUCAUCUAAAGAAGAUCCCUUUACUGCUGCAACAACACCCCCCAAAGAGGAUCCUUUCUCUGCACCAUCCAAACCCACCAAAGAUGAUCCCUUUGCUGCUGCUGCUGCUGCAACAACACCCCCCAAAGAGUAUCCUUUCUCUGCACCAUCCAAACCCAUAAAAGAGGACCCCUUUGCUGCUGCAACAACUUCACCCAAAGAGGAUCCUUUCUUUGCACCAAUAACACCCCCUAAAGAGGACCCCUUUGCUGCUGCAACAACUUCACCCAAAGAGGAUCCUUUCUUUGCACCAAUAACACCCCCUAAAGAGGUCCCAUUCACGGUGCCAUCCAGUCCACCAAAAGAUGAUGCCUCUGAUCCCUUCAAUGCCCCUCUAGUGAGCUCGCCUCAAGGCAGUGCAGAUGCAUGGGGUGCCCCUGCCAGCUCUCCACCCGCUGACGGGUCGGAUCCCUGGGGGGCGCCAUCUGCUCAAGAGGAAACAAAAGGCGGAGAUCCCUGGGGGGACGGGACAAGCACCUUCUCACCUCUUGAUAAUACUGAUGCAUUUGGAGAUGCAUCCAAACUGGACAACGACCCAUGGGGAGCUCCAGCUGCAGCUCCAGUUAGCACAGAUGAUGCGUGGGGUUCACCUGCUCCACCCUUAGGCUCCUCCCCAUCUAGUGACCCCUUUGGCGACGGCUCAUCUAAAAAAAGUGAUCCUUGGGGUGCGCCGAGCAAGGCAUCUAGCAAUGGGACAGGAGAGCAGGAGGAGAAGGCGUGUAGAAAGACUGCUUCGUUCCUGGGCUCUGCGGGGGCGUCGCUCGUCGACUUGGACGAUCUAUUUUCCUCUAAUCCCAAACCCAAACAACGCCCCCACGCCAACACGCCCGUCGCCCAGACACAAGCCAUCGGCGCUUUCAGAGCCAGGGGCAUGACAUCUGCUCCCGUGGUCAGAUCAGGGCCGUCCCUUCCUGAAACAUCAACCCCAUACCGCCGUCCAUUUGGUUCCACCCUUGCUCCCUCCUUCGGUGCACCUUCUCCCACGUUUGGAGCUCCUAGUCCUUCCAGUGCAACUCCCUUAUUUCAGCAACCGUCCCAGACCACAGGUGUUCAUCAUUCUGGCUUUAAUAUGCUUCAGACAGCUGAAGGAACUGGAAUGGUACAAUCCGUUUCAAUGGGAGGGAGUCCACAAAUGGGACUUCACAUGAACCCCUCAUUUGGAGGAAUGGUGCAGCCUGGAUCCCUGGUGGGGAUUCCUUUGACGGACCCCGUCUUGUUGGGAACAGGAAUGGGUCAGUCCAGUGUCUUUGGAGGGAAUUGCCAAGCAGGGGUGGCUCACUUGGGAGGAUCCAUUCCACAGGCCGGGGGGGGAGUCCCCUUCCAGCCACAGUUGCUCUCAGGCAACGGGUCGGGUGACGCAGUUAACAAAACCAACAAUCCGUUCCUGUUCUGACAGCUUGACAUGGAGUAUUUUCCUGCCAGAUACGUGUAUCAUACUGAAUGACAACAGCAGGUAGCUUUGCAUGUUUUAGCCCUCUGAAGAUAUCAGAUUGCUUUACUAAGUAUCCUGCAGGCAGUCGUUGGUCUUAGCUACCCUCAUCGUGAAGAUUGAGUUUUCCGUCAUUAUUUUUGUCAGCCUUACAAUAAAAUCAAAUGGUGUUGCAGUAUUUGUAGGCAGGGACUGUGAGGAGAACUCCUAUUGGCAGACUAGCAUUUGGCCAUUUGUUGCAUUAAAAGGUCAGAAUAAGUCCUUGAAUGCACCAAGAAUGAAAACUCAUUUAUAAGAUUAAUUUAAUCAUGAGAGUCCCUGCUCCUAUGAAUCACCAUUUAAUAAUAGCAUUACUUACUGACAAAUGUGUGGUCUGAAAUCACAGGCAGCCUGGGAGGUAGAAAGCAGUAUAAACUGUGUAUGGUAUAUAAGCAGUUUAUACAAAAAGUAAGGCUAAAACAUGCAAAACCACUGGUGUGAUCCUUUACUUAAACCCAUCAGCUCCUCAGCUUACACUUGCCUCCCCUUUGCAAUCUACACACGUCCACAUACAAUGACAGCCAUGGUUUAAAGGGAUGCAACAUAGUAUAAUAUAAUAACAGAAAUGCACAGAAAAUAUGUGUGAAAUGUCGUCAUUUGAAUCAAAUCUAUUGGACCAGACAUCCUUCUUUUUCCCAAUGCACAAGUCUGAGAAGCAGAGAGUGUCUCUGUGGAAAUCCUGAAGAAUUACUGUUGAUGUGAGUGUUGACCUGUAAAACAUUGACAGAACUGAUGUGGGAAAGAAGUCACUGUCGGUAUUCAUGUAUGUGUGUGUGUGUUAGUGCAAGAUGGAGUGUGUGCGUGUGUCUGUGACCUGCAUGCACGCAGUGUGUGUGUUCAGUAUAUCGUGCUGAUGUAAAUAGUGGAAGUAAUCACAGAUAAACCUUGAAAUAUACUGAAUUUAUUAGAGUCUUACAAACAUGAGUAACUAUUUAUUGAUUAAUUUAUUGCUUGAUUAUUUAUUGAUGCAGCAAACGGCCUCCAACAAAGAAGACGUAGUUCAGGUUAGCUUUCUUUACAGUGUCGUUAUGCAGACGGGUUGACCCGGAUGGUAUUGAUCAUAUGUAUUAUUAUAUGUGAUUACAAGCGUUAUUGGCUCAGAUCUGAUAAUGGCUGUUCAAACACUGCAUCAUCAAUCAACUCAGUAACCAAUGGUGGCUUUUUCUUCCCUGUUUUGAUCUGUAGUCGUUCUGGAUUCAUUGUGUAAUUGAACAUGUCCCCGCUGUAUCUCCUGAAAACAGAAACAAGAAAACAGAAAUGUGUUAUUGUGUGAUGUUUAGCUGCAGUGUUGGCUGAAUAAAGUAAUAAUUUGAAAAUAACCUCUUUAAUGUAUAUGCAGUCUGAGUGGAUCCUCCUCUGUAAUAUGUGUGUGUGUGUGUGUGUGUGUGUGUCUAUCUAUUUACUGUGUGAGUGGUUAAUGACAUAUUUCAACACACACCUGCAUCUCUUUAUGUUGUCAAACAGCUGCUUCCUCGUGGCUGAACGCCCAUUUUUUGAGAGGUUUUGAGGUAGAGAACAUGAACAGUAGCAGGAUUCAUCGUAGUUCAUGAGACGUGAAGACAUCACAGCUCAGUAAAUUAAAGCCAGAAGGACCAAUGACGUCUAAGAGGUCACUUAGUUUUGUAUUGUUAGUGUUCUUUGUGUUUCAUGGGCCUAGAUGUGUCUUUCUUUCAUUAAAUAUGAACUUUUGACUGAAAGCUUUGCUGAGCUAUAGUACAGAAACUAGCCCAUAACACUAUUAUUAAUAAUUUCUCAAAUUUAAUUUUGUAUUAAAUGAAAUUAUUUUGCGGUGUAUUUAAAUUUAAAGCUGUGUUGUAA